CCUUGCCAUGUGCCUGCCAUGCGGUUGAAUAAAUAGUCUUUCUAUUCUUUGGCCUGUAGGUCUAGUAGCCUAUAUUCCCAAACUCUCCCAACAAAACCUUAACAGCCACCACAAAUUAGGGUUUCAAAAUCACAACAAAUUUGUCCCGCUCGCCCGAUUAAGAGCAAGAAUUAGGGUUUCAAGAUCAAUUGAAAUCGAAAAUCACUCAGGUUUAAUAGCGAACGGCUUAAAUUCGGAACUUUGAUUAUUGCUUUGGAGUUUGGGUUAUUGCUUUGUUUGGAAAUUUGAGAUAUGGAGGUUGUCAAGUGUAUGAAUCCUCAGACGAAGAAAAGGAAGAAGAACCCAUUACCAGAAGGACAAUUUUACUAUGAACUAGGUACAUGUUCAAAAAACAAUGACUUAGCUGGUGCAAUUGCAUUAUAUGAAACAGCUGUUUCACAGAACCUUCAUUUGAAUCAUAAUCAUUAUAAUAUACUGAUUUAUCUGUGUUCAAGUUCAUUUCCUGAUUUGGGUUCACCAGAAGCUGUGGAUGCAGUAGAAAAUCCUGCUAUAGAUAAAGGUUUUAGCAUAUAUAAUCAAAUGUUAGGAAAGGGUAUUAAUCCAACUGAAGCAACAAUUACGGCAGUUUCAAGACUCGCUGCUGCGAAAGGAGAUAGUGAUUUUGCUUUUGAACUUGUGAAAACUAUGGGGGAAUAUAAUGCGGUACCUAGGUUGAGAACUUGCGGUCCGGCAUUGUUUGCCUUUUGUCAUAAGAUAGAGGCGGAAAAGGCUUAUGCAGUUGAGGAUUAUAUGGUUUCGUUAGGGAUUCAUCUUGAAGAAUCAGAAUUAGCUGCAUUGUUGAAAGUGAGCGUUGAAACUGGAAAUCAAGAGAAGGUUUAUUCGUACUUGCACAAACUGAGAAAUUGUGUGAGAUGUACCAGUGUGAAAACUUCGGAAAUCAUUGAAAGUUGGUUUUCUAGAAAAUUUAGUUUGGAAGUGGGUUGUUUGAAUUGGGAUGAGAAUAGGAUUAAAGCUGUUAUGUUGAAGAAUGGAGGAGGUUUUCAUGGGCAAGGAUGGUUGGGGGAGGGGAAAUGGGUUGUUAGUAGAUCAACUGUCAGUUCAGAGGGGUGCUGUUGUAAUUGUGGUCAGCGUCUAGAUUGUGUUGAUAUUGAUCGGGUUGAGACUGAGAAGUUUGCAGAUAUGAUAGCAUCACUAGCCAUGAAAAGAGAAGCCAAGUCCAAUUUCAGUGAUUUUCAGGCGUGGUUGGACAGAAAUUCUAAUUAUGAAGCUGUAGUUGAUGGAGCAAACGUCGCACUUCACCAGCAAAACUUUGCAGAUGGCGGGUUCAGCAUUUCCCAGCUGGAAGCUGUCGUGAAAGAGUUGUAUGAGACAAGUCAAAGGAAAUGGCCCCUUAUCAUUCUUCACAACAAACGUUAUCGAUCACUUUCAGCUGAUCCUUCCAAUAGAAAGAUACUUGAUUGGUGGAGGGCGCAAGGGGCACUCUACACAACUCCAAAUGGUUCAAAUGAUGAUUGGUACUGGCUUUAUGCUGCCGUCAAACUUAAAUGUUCGCUUGUGACAAAUGAUGAAAUGCGAGAUCACAUUUUUGAGUUCUUAGGUAGCAGCUUUUUCCUCAAGUGGAAAGAGCGGCAUCAGGUUCAUUAUACUUUCGUGAAAUCUAAUUUGCGUCUUAAAAUGCCACCUUCAUAUUCCUUGGUCAUUCAGGAAUCAGAGAAAGGAUCCUGGCACGUUCCUAUAGAAGGAGAAUUUGCUGAUGAAUCCUCAAGAAAAUGGCUUUGUGUUACCAGAUAAGGAUCGUAUUUGUCAGGUCUUGUUAUGAGUAAAUUAUUCUAUUAAGAAUAUUUUGUUUCUGUUUAGUGUUUGCUUAACGUUAUUAAUCAAUUUCAAUGUUAUAUCGUUGAUCCUUCCAUAGUUCCAUGCUUUACUUAGUA